AUGCAGCAGACAGACGCAGAGACACGGGGCUGGAUUUGCUUCGAUGCUGCGAAGCUAUAUAGGCAGCAGUGCAGCAGCGACGAGCUGCUGCUGCUGCACCUCAACACCUCUGCUGCUGCUGCAGCAGCAGCAACACAAGCAGCAGCAGCAGCAACAGAUGCAGCAGCAGCAGCACCAGCAAUAGACCCAUCUAUAGAACCACCGCAAGCAGCAGCAGCAGCACAACCACCAGCAGCAGCAGCAGCAGCAGCAGCAGCAGAAGAAGAAGAAGAUAUGUUUUGUUUUAAUUUAAUAAAAGAACUACACAGAUGCAACGAUGAGGUGUACAGACAGCUGCAGCAUAUAACCCCCCCAGCUAUGCUGCCUCUCCCCGCAAUCGUAAACAAACCCAAAUGGCUCAAAGAACCCCAGUGGUUUCUAGAGCUGCAGCAGCAGCAGCAGCAGCAGCAGCAGCAGCAGCAGGAGGGGGGGGAGGGGGAGGAGCAGCAGCAGCGGCAGAAGCAGCAGAAGCAGCAGCAGCAGAAGCAGUAG